GAUUCCUUUUUUUGUAUCUUAAUACACGCGCGUUACAACAGCUAAGGUGUCCGCCGCGUACCGUCGCCUCUUGUGUUGGGAUUCACUUCUUCUAGUUUUUAUUUUCAUUCGGUCUAAGGAAUAAUUCGAUCUUUCUCCCAGCGGUUUUGUGCUGCGUUGCUCCCGGCCAAGGGAGAAGAGAAAAGAGCCUAUUCCUUUCGUUUUGUUUUUGUUCUUUUGCGCAUUGGUCACGUUGUGGAUUCUUUCUUUUUUUUUUUCCAUUUUCUGCUUUUUAAAACUAUCUGACUUUUAUUCAUAUAUAUUUAUUUUCUUUUCUUGCUUCUUUGUUGAAUCGAAUACGUCUGCAAAGAAAUCGAAGACGACGCUCGAAGUAUUUAUUUAUUUGGUUGUUUUCCGCUCUCGCCUCGAGCAGCCCAACCUCAAAUUUCCACGUAUGUGAACUUGGUGGAUAAGAUAAACACACACACACACACAUACAUAUAUACUAUAGAAUGUCAAAAAAAUAUAUAUCAAGUAGUUAAAAACAAAAAACGGUCUUUGGCUUAGACUGGACAUAUCUGUCUAAACUCAUCAAAAAAAGAAACCCCCUCAUAUCAAACGUCGUUCACGUGCAUUUUUACUGAUUCUACACCGUUUGCGACUUGUCCAACAAAACGCAUAUUUACCUAUUUUUCUUUGCAUAAAGUAAAGUAAAAAGCCUCUGCUUAUCGUUUGCCGAGGUCGUGAGAACGGAGUACUUACACAUACAUAUUUGCCUCUUACUCUCCACCAAAAAGAAAAAAUAUAUAAAACACUUAAAAGAAACCCCGUACUUUUGCUCCUGAGCGACUUAACGAUUUCCCGGUCGUUCUCUUCUUCUUCUGUUUUUCAUUUUGAUUUGUUUAAAAAAAGAAUUGCUUUCUAGUUUUCCGUCGUCUUGCAUGGAUUCAAUCUUUUGUCUCUUUUUUAUUUAUCUGUAGGUGAAAGACAAGUUGUCUGAGUCAAGCUUUUUCUUCUGCGCGGAAGUUUUCUGCGUGCAGUUUGUCGACCUCUUGUUCUAUUUCCGAAUUGGUUUCCUCGAAGAGUAAUUAACGAAGGAGUAGGAGGUGUGAGAGAGAAAAGAAAAAUAUUUAUAUUUAAGGAAAGGGUGAUAGACGCGGUUCAUUAUGCUGUUCCGCGGACCGCACGAUAGCGGCGACGUCGGCGCUAUCGGCCCCCGCACCGACAACGAGCACAGCGGCGAUGAAGACGAGACGUGCUCGACUAGCGGCCGCAGCUACACCAGCGCCGAGUCCGCCACUGCGCAGAGCUUCGAAAUGCGUAUGGCCCAGCUUGACGGCAACGGCAACGGCAGUCUUGGCAGCGGUAGCUUUCCCGGUGAAGACGCCAGCAAUCGCAAGCUUCUCUCCCCUGGCUACCAACUCUUCCCUUCAGGCGACAACUUGUAUGGGAACUUGCACGGCGAGGGAGAGCAGGGUGGCGGUGCAGGCGCGUUACUCUCCGGCACCCGUGCAAAUGAUUACCCCGAAGAAGACGAGCGCGACGAUGACUACCUGGCGGCGCUGCUGAGCGACAUUGAGCGGCACGCCGCGCGCCUUGACACACAGUUUUUUCGCUACCCGACGGCGGAGUCGUUGAAGCAGCAGCAGCUGGCCACGCAGGCCGCCUCAACGGAGGGACACGGGAAGGGCUCACCCACUGCCGGUGGUGCGAAGACGAGCGACGUGGCGACGACAGGCGAAGGGGUCACAAAAGCCGAAUCUACCGAAAUGGCUGGCGCGCACAAUGCAGGCAACGAGGCUGCACCCACUGCUGCUACCAACGCCUCGAGCACCAACCACAUCAGCAAUGGUGCCCCGGGCUCCUCGCACAACACCGGCACGAAGCUUUUCCUGGGUGGACUGCGUUACGAGGUCAUUCAGAGCGGCCGCCACACGGUCAGCUGGAUCUUUCAGGUUGCGUGCGGUGUCCACAUCAACCCCUCCAGUAUUUUGAUCCACCGCAAGACAAAGAACGGGCGGUCCAACGUCGCGCCAACUGGGUGUGCCUCCGUCUUUAUGGCGGACGACAACGACGUGGCGACGCUGCUCGAUAUGAAUCAGCGCAUCUACUGCGCCGAGGAGGGCGUGUACGUGUCGCCGUCCCCCGAUGUGAUGAAGGAGCUCAUUGCAUCGAAAGACAUCGUGGACGUCACGGGCGGUCGCGUCCGCGGCCCAACGCACCCGGUGGUGAUCGAGCGUGCCUACAGUGUGAGCCAUCACCACGGACACCACAACAGCAGCAACAGCGCCGCCGCCGGUGCGAACAGCAGUGCUGGAGGGACAGCAGCAACAGCCAAGGGCGCUGCAGCAGCUCGCGGACACGGCGGCAACGCAGCUGCGUCAGGCGGGGCUGCCGGAGGCGCAAUCGCGGGGACAGGCGGUGCAGGUAACAGUAAAAGCAAUGCAGGGAACGCCUCGGGUAGCGGCGCCCACCGCCACGCCCGCACACCGUCCGGCGCCAGCGCGGAGAGCAACUUGUCGAAUCAGCUCAUGGGUGGCAUGCCGCCGCCGUAUGGAGGGGCGAUGCCACCGCAGUACAGCGCGUCGAACGUAUCCUCGGGUGUUGGCACCUACCAGCCUCCUUCGUACGCGUCAUCGUCGGGCUCGAGCAGCAGCUUGGGUGCCCCGGCGAUUGGCUUGCCGAUGAUGGGGACCAGCCCGAGCGGCUUUCCACCCGGCACAAUGAUGCUGUCCGGGCAGUCCUCGUCGUCCAUGUCGCAGAUCCUCGACGACGGCCGCAGCUCGAACGCGGUCGGGCCGCUGAAGCUCGAUCCGCAGCGUGUCACCUUCCACGCCUACCUACGUGGAAACAAAACGGAGGAGCAGAGCCCGAAAGACGGUGGUGUCGGUGGUAGUAGCGCCGAGCCGUCCGGUGCCCCAACCGCCGUCGCGCACACCGUUCUCUUCCUCGCCGCCCUACCCUCCGAUGCCACGGAGGACUACGUCUCCUGGCUCUUCUCUCUCAUGUCCAUCGCACUUCCCGCGGCGCGGAUUCACAUCAUCGGCGGCGAUACCACCUCGCCCACAAACGGACCAGGUGCGGCGACGACGAUGGCGGACUGCUGCGCCACCGUCAGCGUCCCAGAAGGCGACGUCUCCAUCGCUCUCAACUUCCACCACCGCGUGCUCUGCACUGCGCGCGGGUCGUGGAUCGGGUACUCGGUGCAAGACAUCGCGGCGUUGCGUGCGAGCGACCCAUCCCUGCGCGACGUUGCCGCCUUGCACGUGGAUCGACGCAUGCUCUCGAAGAGCGGGACAGGCGGUGGCGUGAAUGCCACUUCCGCGGCGGCGGCGGGUGGCGGUUGCGGUGGGUUUGGCGCCCUUUAUCCGCAUUCUCUCGCCAUGGGCGGGGUGGGCGGCCGCGGUGGGCCGAGCAGCACUGCCGGUGCGUCGAUGCUGCCGCCACCGACGUCGUACCCGCCAAUGUUUGGGUCGAUGCAGCUGCCUGCGGGGAUGCCGGCGGGACCGGGCGGGGUGUUGCCCAUGGCCGCGCCGUGGGGCUUCGCGCCGCCGCACCCGACGAACAUGCCGCCGCCGCCACCGCCGAGUGGGGUGAUGGGGGGCGGGGUCCGCCGUGCCUGCCUCCCGGCGCCGUGCCUAUUUCAACGGUGCUGUCCGCCGAGUCGGCCUACUCCAUGCCGCCUCCCCCGCCGCCCUUUUCGUUUACGCAGAGCGUGA